AAGUGUAGGGAACGGAAGUGUCGUGAGGGACUAUGGAGAGUCCGGAGUUAUCUUUCACUCUGGCUUACACUGUGUUCGCUGUUUGCCUUAUUUUCACACCUAAUGAAUUCCGCGCUGCGGGUUUAACCAUCCAGAAUGUGUUUUCAUCCUGGCUGGGCAGCGAGGAUAUCAGCUUCAUCGAGCACCAUCUGAGGAGGACCAGCCUCACUGUUCUUAUCCACAGCUGUUUGCCUCUAGGAUAUUACUUGGGAAUGUGUGUUGCUGCCCCAGAACAAAACCUGAUUCACAUUCAACAGGUCAGUGACAACUGGAGAGCUUUCCUCUUUCUCUCUGUGAGCCUUCAGUUGACCAGCUGGCUGCUGGUCAUUUACUGGUACCGCUGCCGCUGGCGUCACCAUCCCAUCAGCAGGACACUUGUAGCUCACGCACAGCCUCCCUAUUCCAGCCCUGGUGACGUGGCAGCAAACAUCAACACAGAGUUCAGACGGAUAGAUAAAGUUGUGACAGGAGUGCCUGGAGCCCAAGUUAUUGUUACCGACAGCUGGAUACUGAAGGUGACCACAUAUCACAUCUAUAUGGCCUUACAAAGUGAUUGUCAUGUGACGGUGACAAAGUCCAGGCAGCAUCAGCUGAACCCAGAUUCUCAGUCCCCCAUAGAGAUCCUGACGCUGAGGGUGGAGAGCAUCAACCCUGCAGUCAGACCAUUCGAUAUCUGUCUCAACUCAACAGAUUAUGCAGAUUUCAGGCAGAAGCUCCAGUCUCCCAUCAGAACGUCUCCCAACGUUGUGAUCCACCAAACAUUCAGUGAGCUCUUUCUGGAAACCUUCAGAGCUCAGGUGGAGCUAAAUCAGCCAUACAUCCUCCCCAGCGGUCAGGAAGUAGAGCCCUGUAUCGGCUGCAUGCAAGUUCCAGCAAAUACCAAGUUGGUUAGACUCUGCCAAACAGCAGAAAUGGAAAACGAGUCGGAGUGCCAGCAGUGUUUUUGCAGGCCCAUGUGGUGCCUCUUUUGUUUGGGUCGAUGGUUUGCCAGCCGCCAGGACCAACAGAGACUGGAGACAUGGUUGUCCAGCAAGGUCCCCUGUCCUACAUGCAGAGCCAAAUUCUGCAUACUAGAUGUUUGCGUGGUCCGCUGACCAGACCCACAGACAAUGCUCUUUUAAGGACUUCUUCCUCUCAGAUCAAACCACAUCUGGUUUUUUUCUUUCAUCAAGAUAAAAGCCUGUAAAGCAGGGCUGAAUCGAAUGCUGGUUCCUUUAGAUAACUCAUGAACUAUGAAUGCAGUCUUCUGUCUUAAAUGAUCUAAAAGGCUGGAAAAGCAAACAAUACUAUUAUGUGUCAGCUGAGACAAUGUUGAUAAAUACGCCAAAAAUAAAGAAAAUCAAUCUAAAA